UCGAAAUCUGGUGGUUGGGGGAAAAUGGCUUCAGGUGGAGGAGAUGAUAAUAAUCAGGAUAUUCCGCCUAACGAGGACGAGAGAACUGUAUUCCAAGAUACUGAAGGGAUUUUCAGACAUUUUAUGUUCCAACGCUUUCAGGAUGAGACACAAAGAGGGGAAGAACAUGGUGAUAUGGAUAGUCCCUCGGCUAGCGCACGUCCCGACGCACUGGAAGAAUUGCGUUCUUGCAAUGAUAUCCAUCCAUUUUCACAGCAUGUACCGGUUAUUGGUAGACGCCUAGGAGAGAUAGGUGAUGAAAUAGAUGCUAAAUACAAAGAUCAAUUCAAGGAUAUGAUAGACUCAUUAAGCCUAACACCAGCAACGGCUUACGAGACAUUUGCCGCAGUCGCUCGGAGGUUGUUUCGUACGGGAAUAAAUUGGGGAAGAGUCGUUGCUCUACUUUGCUUUGGCUACGAAAUUGCUGUGACUGUCAUACGCAGAGGCUUUAGUGGAAGUUUUUUACGUAGAAUCAUACGUUUUGUGGUGGAUUUUAUCUUCAACGAGCGGAUUGCUCGCUGGAUUGCUCAGCAUGGAGGAUGGGUGAGAUUGAUUCUGAUUGAUUGUAAAAUGUUGGUUGCUCGAUAUUGAGGGAUGCAUGCAGUUAACUAAUGACUUUUGGUAAAAAGUCCCGAUAAUUUCUCCCUUCUUACUACUUAAUAUGCUCUUUACUCUUUGUUUGUCAAUGGGAUGAUUUCGUAUAGAAAUGUCUUCAAUUUUAUUUCUUAAUCUGUUUGUGUAAACAAGAUUCUUGUCGAUUGUCAUGGUGUAAAAUGCACACUUAACAUGCGUGUAGGCUUUCGAUUAUCAUGUAUUGUGUACCUCAUUGAUCAGUGCGUAAACCUGUUUUACUGUGUGUGCAGAUGAUUCAGAUUUCUUCGAUUUUUUUUCCAUGUGUCUUUUAGUACGCUGAUUAGAAACUUAGUACAUUUAUUUCAAGGAAAUUGUAAUUAUCAGUUAUCAGGUUACAAGUCAGUUGCUAAUUUUUGUGCAUAGUGAGUUUUGAUUGAAAGGGGUUUAAAGGAAAGCGUCUUGAAAAUGAUGAUAUUUAUUUAGUAAAACAUUUUUAUGUAAAAACAUAAACGAGUUGCAUCAGCAACAUAUGUUGCAUCAGUGGAAUGACAGUGGAAGCAAGGAAUUAUGAACUAGGGAAACAAGCCAAGAGAAUUUUUUUGAGGAAAGUGUUGAUUGCUUAUGAGGAGUUUGAGACCAAAAAAAAAUCUGACUCUUGCAGCACUGUGUCCUGGUUGCAUAUGAAACUGCUGUAUAUAGUAUUUGCUUACCAAAAAGUUUUCUGUAGUGCAGCAAUAGGGC